CAAAGUCUCAGGUUCCUUUGAAGAUCACCUUCUAAACCCAAAUCAUUUGCAAGCUUUUGGAUUCGAGCUUUCCUCCACAAUGACUCUCUCUCUCCGAAUCGCUCCGUCACCGUUAUCUUUCCGUUACUCUCCGGUUCCGGCAACCGCCUCCGGCGGAGGAUUACGUUCCGUGAAGCAGCGCUGCCGGAUCCCGAACUCAGGCGUCGCGGCGGCGAAAACAGGAUUCUGUUCCGGCGGUGGUGGUGUGUUAGAUUUAAGGAAGAAGAUCGGUUCCUGUGUGGUGGUGAGGUGUAGCUUAGAGACACUGAAUGUCAGUGUCGGCGAGGUGACGGAGGUUGACAAGGACACGUUCUGGCCAAUCGUUAAAGCCGCCGGUGAUAAGCUUGUUGUCCUCGACAUGUACACUCAGUGGUGUGGACCGUGCAAAGUUAUGGCUCCUAAAUACAAAGAGCUAUCAGAGAAGUACCAGGACAUGGUGUUUCUUAAGCUUGACUGCAACGAAGACAACAAGCCAGUGGCAAAGGAGCUAGGAAUUAGAGUGGUUCCAACCUUUAAGAUCUUGAAGGACAGCAAGGUGAUAACGGAAGUGGUCGGGGCAAAAUUUGAUGAGUUACUUGCAGCUAUUGAUGCAGCGAGGUCAGGCUGAGCCUCAUCUCUAUAUACAUAUAAUAUCACUCCCUGCUGUAGAGUAUUAGGACAAAUUCUCUAUCAACAUGUAAUUGGUUUGGUUCUAUGUAAACUCUCUCUCUCUCUCUGUGCUGUUCCUUAACCGGAUUCAGUUGUAAUGUAACAGUGUAUGUAUAAACGCUGGAGGGCUAAAAUGCUUUAUAUAUCAAAAGUUUCAUGAACAA